AUGGUCAUUUCCUGCCGCUGCGGGCUCCCCGCGGUUUUGCGGGAGGUCCGGCAGGGCAAGAACGUGGGUCGUCGGUUCUACUGUUGCUCCAAACCGCGGGAACAGCAGUGCAACUUCUUCGUGUGGGCCGACGAUCCGCAAGCAUCAAAUCCGCAGCCCAAUCCCACGCUUUUUGCUUCGCCGCCCGCCACUUCGAUGAACCGCGGGAAUAGUUCUGGUUUUGGGGGAUACUCGAAUUCGCCGCGGGAAAUGGCGGAAGUCACGUGCUUCAAAUGCGGGAAAUUGGGUCAUUUAGCGACGAAUUGUCCCAAUUCAACGAAGCGAAAGCGGCGAGAAACCGCGGCAAAAACACCGGCGAGGAAACGAACCCGCGAACGAAAGAAAACGGAGAAAUCGGGGAAGCAGACGGGACGAGCGGGGAAAGUGGGGAUUUUGGGGAGGGAUAAAGAGCAGGGAAAGAGUAAUGACUUCGUCAUGGACUACACGGUGGAUUAUGGAGAUGAGGAGCCUGAUGAUAUGAACUAUGUGUACUGGGAAUCGUAG